GAUUCUUAUCACAAGCGCAAACAAUACAGCACUCUCGCGACUCCAAGAGUAAAACAUCUGCUUAUUCAACGCACGACCGAUACCUUUGAGCUUGAGCUCUGACUUGCCGUUAAACCCUUUCAACUCAAGCUCUGUCUUAACAUACCAAACCAAAAUGGCUUCCGCUGUUGAAUCUCCCCCGGCGCACUCGCCUCCAACUAACCCUCCUCAGCGACCUCGAGGCAUCCUCAAGAACUCGUACAGGAAAUCUCCCCCUGCCUCGCCAGAGCAAGAACAGGCAGCCAGCGAAAAGGAGCUCACUAUUGCCAACACGCACAUCAACGCGGGUCACCGACGUUCAUCCUCUGGCGCUCGCCCUACAGGAUCCCGAAGGCAAUCUGGUGUCAACAGCUCCUCUGACGGCCUCGAACAGUCUCAACGCCUCAAGUGGGACGAGGCUAAUCUAUAUCUCACCGAGCAAGAGCGCUCCUCUACUAUGAAGAUCACAGAACCAAAGACUCCCUAUGCCAAACACUACGACCCGGCCGAAGACCCAUCGGACGACGAGGAUCCUCUGGCGGACGCUGGUGCUCGCCUUAAGGAUUCACGUCCAAGGCGUGAAGAUGACAUUCCGGGCCUUUCGCUGGGCGAACCGGAAGAGGAGAUCCCGGAAGCGGGCGCGCCGUCACCCCGCAGCGAAAAGAGCGUCCACGUCGACGACGAGAGCAGCAUCGGCCACGAUGCCGAGGAAGACUUGGCGGGCAUGUCUCCCGAGGAGCGUGAAAAGCACCGAAAGUUUGAGCAGCUCCGCAAGAGGCACUACGAAAUGAAGAAUGUGGCCCAGCUUCUGGGCCACCCCGACGACCUCCCCGAAGACGAGGACGAAGACGAAAGUGUGCCGCCCAUGCCAAAGGUACCGCAAGUACCCAACGGCUCUUCGUAGAAGGAUAUUGAGACACAAGAAACAUGGCAAGGACUGUGAACUGGCUACUAGGAAGGCAUUAGGCUGGAGUUUUGAGGACAUCAUUACCGGGCGGCGUUGGCAGAGGUUGAGAGGUGCACAGAUAUCUGAUUACUCGCUCGCUUUGAGGUUUCUGAUUGAGAGUCGGAGACAGAGACAGAAGGGCACAUUAUGGAAUCGGUUUGUUUUGCAUUCACGGUAGAUAAGCAUUGUAUUUCCUAGAAUUUUUAUAAUGUCGGAC